AAAUAACAAAAAACGUCGCGUCUCGUGCGCGUCUCGUUAAUGGCGGUCCGGCGGUUAAUGGGAAUUCCGCCGUAUAUUUUUCACCGAGGUCGAAAUGGCGUUAUGUACACGCCGACGAAACUCCGAAUGAGAGUACACACGUUCGACGAUGGUAUUCUCGAAUUACAUCGCGACGGUGAUUAUCUCUGUGAGAACGUCGCUCCGAGUAUCGACGAGUAAAAUUCGAACCGCUGCGAAGACGACGCCCGCGACUAACAAUGGUAUCGCGUGAUUAUGCGUGCAUUCCGCUGCAUGCACUUACGUACGAGGCGGGAGGAUAAGGGGUGAUUACGACGAGUCUAUAUAUAUGCCACAUGCUUGCUCGAUCGUCCGCGAUAAUCGUGAGUGAGGUUUAUUCGUGAGGAUCUCGACGCGAGGUGUAAAUUCGACAGCGAUGCAGGCGACGUGGCAAUUUCUUCUUCUGAUGGCAAUUUUGUCUCUCACAACCCAAGAGAAAGUCACGGAGGGCGCGUGCAGUUGCGCGGUGUUCCCCGUUCCGGGAACGAAAUCGAUAAUAGAACACACGCUGCAAUACAAUGUCAGCUGCGAUCAAGAAGGCGCCGAAAAGUGUCAACAGUUAUGUAUCGCCUUGGCCGAAAGUGUUCGGGAUAAGGCACCAAUGUUGAUUUGUGAGAAAUUGAAUAAGCACAUCGAAAAUUUGAAGGUGGCUGUGUACAUGAAAUCAUGUAAUAUGGCUCUUUGGACACUCACCGGUUUGGAGAACACAGAGCCAAUUUGCUGUCACGAUGGGAAGGCAGUUGUUUGUGACGAGGCGAUGUCGAUAAUAGAGAAUUAACGAGCUUGUAAUUCAUUAUUUUCUGCUUAUUUCCAUCACUAACGAAUAUCUUAUCAUUGAUUAGACAGUAAUAAUACAAUCUGAUUAUUAUAAAUGUAUACAUUAUUGCUUGUUACGUUAUCGCAUUAUACACAUUAUAAUUUCUAGUUUAGAAUAUUCACAAUUAAUAAUGUUUU